CAAGGGGAAAUAACACACCAGAAGAAAAAGAAAGAAAACUCUCGCUCUGACACCGAGUGACAGUUAACAUACGAAUUAUUUAAAUAUUUAAGAACUACAUCUUGUUGAAAGAUGAGGUUCUAUCGCUGAAGUCUUUCUGAUGUUCAGUUUUUAAACCAGUCCGCUGCAGGUUGGCUCUUAAUUGUGUUGUUAAUGUUUUUUGUCCGUCCAUGUUAGCAUGUGGCUAACCAGUCAGUAGCGAGGCAGCUGUGUCUGAACCUGGCUGUUCGUGUCACCUCUUGGGUGUAGCUUAGUUUAGCGUUGUUGUUGUUGUCACCCUCCUGCCACCCUCCUUCAUGUUCGUCCGCCUCCCCGCUCUUCUCACACGGUUACCCCGGCAUCGCCUGUCCUUUGUUCAAGCAAAGCCUGUGACCCAAGCCUGCCGCUUCCUCCACGGUAGGAUGGAGCCAGCCGUGGUGAGAUGCCUCCCCGGGGAGCCCAAGCUCACCAUCUCCUUCACUCUGAACGGCAGCAACAAGCACAUGCUGCGGGACCAGGACGAGCCGCUGGGUAAGGCUCUGGCCCGGAUCUCCCACAACAAGGCGAAGAAGCCGAAGAAGCUCAAGGGGCAGCAGCCGUGUGAAGCCCCGGAGCCCCCCGCGGUGAAGCUUUACCACGGAGGGGACGAGGUCCCCGACACGGUGCUGAACUCCGAGGCGUGGCGGGAGGGAUCCGUGCUGCAGGUGGGCGACGUUAAAUUCUUUGUGCAGAGAAACGCACCCACCUUUACCAUUGCCGAGCUGCCGGUAUCACUGCUGGCUGGUUUCCCCGUCUGCCCCAAACUGGAGGUGGAGUUUGGGAACCUGCAAGACUGCGAGUUCACCUGGUACAAAGAAAAAGCGCCUGACACAAGUCCUGAAGCUGCUGAGGAAGUCACAGGUCAGGAUCCAGGUUGGACGCAGGUAGGAUGUGGGAGAGUCCAUGUCCCAUCCAAUCAGGAUAUCGGCUGCAGGCUCAAACUGCGCUGCACACCUAAAGAUGGAAGUCGCAGUGGUUCUGCCAUGGAGCUGCUCUCUGUGGCAGCUGUGGAGGCUGGACCAGGCAUGUGCACGUUUGACAACCGACAUGCGUACACUGUCAAAGAGACAGAGUGGCCUACUGUGAGGGUGGUGUCAUACAACAUCCUGGCUGAUAUCUACGCUCAGACAGAACUGUCCAAGACGGUGCUUUACCCAUACUGCGCCCCCUAUGCCCUUCAGCUCGACUAUAGACAGAACCUAAUUAAGAAGGAAUUGGCUGGAUAUAAUGCUGACAUCAUCUGUCUGCAGGAGGUUGACAAAGGUGUGUUUGUGGACAGUCUGAUUCCCUCUCUGGAUGCCUUUGGUCUGGAAGGAGUUUUCAGGAUUAAAGAGAAGCAGCAUGAAGGACUGGCAACUUUCUACCGCAGGUCAAAAUUUCAGCUGUUGAGUCGUCAUGACAUCAUGCUGAGCGAAGUGUUGACCUCUGACCCCAUCCACUCUGAGCUGCUGGAGAUGAUUUCUGCAAAUGAUACCCUAAAGCACAGGAUCCUGCAGAGAUCCACUACGCUGCAGGUUACGUUGCUUGAGGACCUGCAUAAACCAGACAGGAAGAUCUGUGUGGCAAACACUCACUUGUACUGGCACCCAAAAGGAGGGAAUGUUCGGUUGGUUCAGAUGGGUGUGGCCCUGAAACACCUGAGUCGUGUUAUCCAAGAGGUUGCACCUGGAGCCCCUUUGCUCUUCUGUGGUGACUUCAACUCCUCCCCGACCUCAGGUGUGUUCCAGCUGGUCACAGAGGCUGUGGUUCCUCAGCAGCAUCCAGACUGGAGCAGCUCAGAGCCUGAAGAGUCUUGCAGUAUGGAGCUAUGCUCUGAUUUCCCCCCAUUGUUGAGUGCCUGCAACCAGCCAGCCUACACCAACUAUGUGGGAGGAUUUCAUGGCUGCCUGGAUUACAUCUUCAUACAACCAGACAGCAUACAGGUGGAGCAGAUGAUCCCUCUGCCCAGCCAUCAGGAGGUCACCACCUAUGAGGCUCUUCCCAGUGUGGCUCACCCUUCUGAUCACAUUGCUCUCGUAUGCGACUUGCGCUGGAGUCCCUGACUUUUGAAAAGUGCAGUUGCAGAGUGAUUGGAUUUUUUUCAUACUUCAAUGAAGUUUGAGAGUGCAAAUGUGAUCCUGCAGUUUUUCUGAAGAAAAAGGAAAAUUCAGGAGGAACUCGGACAACACUGUAAAUGUGACUAAGAAACUAUUAUUUAAAGAUGUUAAUAAGCAAUAAUAGUUUUCAUCACUGAUAUUCAGUGUUGGGUAUUCACACCACACAUACAUACAUCAUAUUGUCACAUUUCUUAAUUUAAUUUUAAUUUGAGCUCAUAUUACUGCUGAAGUGGUUACUCCUGUUUUUCCUCUUCACCUUCUGAAACAGAUGACCAUUUUAGACCAAAUGUUGAAAUAUUUAUUAUAAUUAUGAGAAGUUGCUCAGCUGGUGGGAUUUAAAUUUGUUCAAUAAAUUUAAGUCGACUAAAA